ACCGCAGGACCGAGCUAAACUUUCCCGUAGGGCAGGUUUGAGUGGUUUCAAACAAGAAACUGCGCUACAUUUAAUACAUUUAAAGCAAGACCCAUUGAUAGAGAUUAUAUAGUUGCCUAGGCAACUUUUUAAACGUCAUCGAAGGCAUCAUACGCGCGCAAAAUGCAAAAUUAUUUCAAAUCCAUUUACUCAGUCUGUGUUAUAAUCAAUAUGAUUUUGAUACCAUUAUCUUUUGGUGAGAUGUAUACGUCAUUAUUGAACGUCAAACAAGCCAUCAUUGUUGAAAGACAACUUAUUGAUMAUUUAGAAACUUAUAUUGAACACGAAUCGGAGAGACUUGAAGACAUCAAAAGGUGAGURACAGACAGGGAACGUUGUCAUGAUGCACGUGUKCUUGAUAGCUUAUCACUCAUUUAUGUUGUAGGCUUAAUUAUUAAGGUUUAGAGUGUGUGGUUUUAGAAAGAGAGAGAACAAAUAUUGCUAAAUAAUUGUGUCUAAAAAUUWGUAAGCUAUAUGUUUGGGCUAUGUGUUCUUUAUUGUAUGUUGUUCCAUAUAAUUUCACGAUAGGCUACGAUUAUCUUCAUACUUAGGCCUUUGUAUUCCUUCAGAACAUAUGCCAUUGAUGAAUCACCUCCAUCCUUUAGGUAACUUUAGAGGGAACUUAACAUUAUAAUGACUAAUUACUAAUGUUAAGUUCCUUCUAAAACCUAUCAAAACUCAAGAUGCGUUCUAUACUGAUUUAGGGGCAGUUUGAUUUCAAUGUAAAACCUCAUGCAUAUAUCAUUGCAUGGUUGUCUCCCCCCUGUCCAUCUACCAUGGUAUCACCAUAGGGUGAUAUUCUCUCUAAACCUUUAGCACUUAUAGACUCUUUCUGCAGGUUUUAUGCAAAGGUGUCAGAAUUGCACAGUGAGGUGUACAAUGGACCAUCAGCUGUUAUGGCAAACCCCUUGGUGGYGUUUACUCUUAUCAAGCGCUUGCAGUCCGAGUGGAUUAAUCUGAUCUACAGUGAUGAAGCACAAGAGAACACCCAAGCCUUCAGGUCCGGGUACGAGGAGGUGGAGGAGGAGGGAAGCUUGCCAAAACUGGAGGACCUUCAGGGGGCGGCCAAUGGGUUGAUGAGACUGCAGGAUGUGUAUGCCCUUCAAGUGGGGGGACUUGUGAGAGGUCACUUCCAGAGGAUCACUAACGGCAACCCCAUUGACAUCUACAGUCCCACAAUAUCUGUUCUUCUUUCUGGGGAUGACUGCUUCCUGGUUGGGAAGGUUGCCUAUGAGCUGGAGGACUACUACCACUCAGUGCCGUGGCUGGAGGAGUCAGUGCGUCUUUUCCGAAGGGCGGGGGGGGAAUGGAGCCCAGAGAAUGAGGGAACUCUGGAAGAUGCUCUGGAUCACCUGGCCUUCUCUCACUUCAAGACAGGAAACAUCUCCUAUGCACUGAGUCUCUCUCAGGAGUUGUUGAACCAUGAUCCCAUGAACAGGAGAGUUUUGAAGAAUGUAGAGAAGUAUGAGCGACUGCUUGUUGACAAUCCACCAUCACUGAGCGCUGACACUGGGUUGAAGAGGCCCAACACCACCUAUCUACGGACAAGGAACACCUACGAGAGACUGUGUCGGACACAGGGCACUCCGCCAAUGCGUUAUGAAAACCCCCGGCUGUUCUGUGACUAUUUCAACAAUGACAGUCCUGGGCUACUACUGCAGCCAAUCAGACGGGAGGUGCUGAGCCUGCAGCCGUAUGUGGUCCUCUACCACAGCUUCAUCACUGACUCAGAGGCAGAGCGCAUCAGGGACCUCGCCCAGACAGGGUUAAGGAGAUCUGUGGUGGCAUCUGGAGAGGAACAGGCUACUGCAGAGUAUCGCAUCAGCAAGAGUGCAUGGCUAAAGAACACAGCCCACCCUAUCAUUGGGAGGCUGGACCAGAGAAUCACCUUGCUCACAAGUCUCAAUGUGCAGCCUCCGUAUGCAGAGUACCUCCAAGUGGUGAACUAUGGGAUUGGAGGACACUAUGAACCUCAUUUUGACCAUGCAACGUCAGCAUCAAGCCCCCUUUUUAGGCUCAACACUGGGAAUCGAGUGGCAACCUUCAUGAUAUACCUCAGUUCUGUGGACGCAGGUGGGUCCACAGCCUUCAUCCACRCUAACUUUAGCGUUCCUGUUGUGGAGAAUGCUGCCCUCUUCUGGUGGAACCUCCAUCGGAACGGUCAAGGAGAUGGGGACACUCUGCAUGCUGGCUGCCCUGUCCUUGUUGGGGACAAAUGGGUGGCUAACAAAUGGAUCCAUGAGCACGGCCAGGAGUUCCAGAGACGCUGCAGCCCAAAUCCUGAGGAGUGAGAAGAGAGAAAGCAGCUGCUGGGACCGCUUGGAGUACAAGAACCAGCCUCCACAAUGGAGCCGUGCGCGCCACGCAGGCAGAGAGGGAGGGAACGAGAGAGGGAGCAAGAGAGAGCAUGCGAGAGCGCUUGAGGCUGGGGGAGGGGAAGGCAGCCAAAGAGCAGCCUGCAUCUGUGAUUGGAGCUUCAGGCACAAGGGAACGAGGAGCACAGACACUGCUGGAGGGGGAUGGAAUGGCAGGGGGCUGACUUGGUUUUGGGAAGGAGGAGGUGGUGGUGGGGGAGGAGGGCAUUUGGCAAUCAGCCCCAAAGGCAGAGUGGCCUCUUGCUCCUACUCCCCAGUCAGUCCCUGCUGGAGCAGAGAGAGCGAGAGAGGCCUCUACACUCACACACUGGGCUGGUUUCAGUUAACGCUGCUAGGCUGUUUGUCAGUUUGUUUGAAAAUAAAUGUAAAAAUAAGUAUAAUGCAGCCUUUUGAAAACUGAUGCACUGAAUCUGUCAGGAUACGCUUCACACGGACUGAUCUCAUUAGCACAGCGCUGAUCUUUACCAUUAGAAUUGAGUUAGAAUUAUAUUUCUCUAACCAUCUCACACCUUAAGAAUGUAGUUAAGAGCAGCGCUGUGAUUGAGGAAAAAGGUUAUUGUGACUUUUUCCCAUUCAUGCUGUCAGUUCAGGAAACCAAAGGAGAUGAGGUAGUAGUCUCUCCCACUGAGCGGCUUGCUGACAUUUGGUGUGCUCUCUAUUGCUCAUCUCCUUGUAGCUAAUGGGGUGCAUAUGAGUCAAACCUGUUGUGUCUUCUAGCUCCCAUUCAGAGGCAUAAUUAAUUAGUCAUGGUCUGUAAAACAGAUGAUUGGAUGAAUGCAUCUGCUUUAGUACUCUGACCUCACUACAAAUCCUGGGUAUCUAGCUGCAUACCAGCCAGCCAAAAUAUGUGUUUGUAUGUAGGUCAAAACACCUCUGAAAAGAGUGCAUACCAGCUUUCACACCUAGUCUAUGAGCGAGUGAGGAGUGAAAUGUACUGUAGGCUCCCUCUCUUUGGGCUGGGUGCUGCCUUUUGAGUGACAGGGACUGUUGAAGGGAGAGGGGUUCAACAAGGAUAAUAUCUCUGCCUGCUGGGAUGUAAGGAAGUAUUCCCUCCGGUACACAACCCCGUACCACCCCUACCCUUUACACACACACACCACACACAGAUACAAACACAGAGGUCGUAUACUACAGGAAUGCUACAUUCUCCCAGCUGCAUUCCUUAACAGUAGACCUUGACUGUUCCCCCUGGAGUGGAUUGACAGGAGGCCCAUGUUUGAUAAAAUGCAUGGAGGAUGAAGGUUAUGCCUUUGGCGUUUCUCCAACCAAGAACAUUUUUUUCUAUGGAAUUCUCAAACUUUAU